GCCGGCGAGCGGGGCAUGUUAGCGAUUUUUAGCACGAUCACAGCUUAGCUCGGCUGUGUGUACGGGCUUUAUAGUGUGAUAACUGGAGCGGGACUCCACGCGGUGAGGCCAUUGGCCAUCCCGUGCCAUGGCGCCGGGAAUUUUAUAUUAUCUCUUGGCAUUGCUAGUAUUAGCAAAUGCUAAAGAGGAUGCCGCCGCUACACGCAAAUUAAUCCAAGAAGAGGCACGGGAAGCGAGAGCUUACGCCAACAACUAUGGCGACAACACCAAAGAGACCGUAGUCGACAUCGAGGAUAGCGAGAAGACACAAUAUUAUGAAACCAAUUAUGACACUAAUGCGUAUGGAUUUGGCUACGAUGUUGGUCCCAACGGCCAGUUCCACCACGAGAACCGAGGUCCGGACGGCGUCACGUACGGCUGCUACGGAUACGUCGACCCGGACAACUACCUGCGUGUGACGCACUACGUGGCCGACAGCCACGGCUACAGGGUGGUGGAGCCUGAGAAACCUGUCGAAGUCUUUCCGGAAGAUCCGAACCAUGUAUAUGAUGAAAAUGCAGUAACCCCAAGUCCGGAACCAGGCCAGAUAGUGCCGUGGGACCAGCUGUACCUGCCUAAAGGCUGUGGUCGAACGCCUGGCGGUAUUCCUCCGAUUCCUCCUCCGAAACCGAAGCCGAAGCCGCCGACGCAGCCCCGCCCGCCGCCCGACAGCGCCGGCCAAACCAGCAACCCGAACCCCGGUGUUAUAUACCCCGGACAAGGUGGUUAUUACCCAGGAACUGCGGGCACGCCUGGAAGCCCUGGCACUCCAGGUUCACCAGGAUAUCCUGGCAGUCCAGGUACUCCUGGUAGCCCUGGUGGACCAGGUGGACCAGGAGGGCCAGGUGGCCCAAGUGGUGGACAGUACCCCGGCGGAAGCGGACCCAGUGGACCCGGUGGUCCUAAUGGACCAUAUGGACCAGGUGGUCCCAACGGACCUAGCGGACCCGGUGGUUCAGGCGGUUAUCCUGGCACGCCUGGAACUCCUGGCACUCCCGGAACUCCUGGUAGUCCUGGCGGACCUGGUGGCCCCGGUGGUCCCGGUGGCCCAGGAGGCCCUCCCGGCAGUUACUACCCUGGACAAGGAAGCGGACCCAGUGGACCCGGUGGUCCUAAUGGACCAUAUGGACCAGGUGGUCCCAACGGACCUAGCGGACCCGGUGGUUCAGGCGGUUAUCCUGGCACGCCUGGAACUCCUGGCACUCCCGGAACUCCUGGUAGUCCUGGCGGACCUGGGGGCCCCGGUGGUCCCGGUGGCCCAGGAGGCCCUCCCGGCAGUUACUACCCUGGACAAGGAAGCGGACCCAGUGGACCCGGUGGUCCUAAUGGACCAUAUGGACCAGGUGGUCCCAACGGACCUAGCGGACCCGGUGGUUCAGGCGGUUAUCCUGGCACGCCUGGAACUCCUGGCACUCCCGGAACUCCUGGUAGUCCUGGCGGACCUGGUGGCCCCGGUGGUCCCGGUGGCCCAGGAGGCCCUCCUGGCAGUUACUACCCUGGACAAGGCGGCUCUAGUGGACCAAGUGGGCCUAGUGGGCCAGGCAGUCAAGGCGGAUGGACUCCAGGCACUUCUGGUACUCCAGGAUCUCCCGGCACGCCUGGCGGACCUGGCGGACCUGGCGGGCCUGGUGGCCCUGGAGGCCCAAGUGGCCCUAGUGGUCCAAGUGGUCCAGGAAGUCAAUAUCCCGGACAAACAGGUGGUCAAGGACCGAGUGGACCAGGUGGCUCCUACCCCGGUACACCAGGUCAGGCAGGCAUUCCCGGUUCACCAGGAUCUCCCGGCACCCCUGGUGGUCCUGGCGGCCCAGGUGGUCCUGGAGGCCCCGGCGGCCCUAGUGGUCCAGGUGGCCCAGGAAGUCAAGGUGGAUACUACCCCGGACAAACAGGAGGCCAAGGACCGAGUGGACCAGGUGGCUACUACCCUGGUACACCAGGCCGUCCUGGUACUCCUGGUUCACCCGGAUCUCCCGGUACCCCUGGCGGCCCUGGUGGUCCUGGAGGCCCAGGAGGCCCUAGUGGUCCAAGUGGUCCAGGAAAUCAAUAUCCUGGACAAACAGGAGGGCAAGGACCGAGUGGACCAGGUGGCUAUUACCCUGGUACACCAGGUCGUCCCGGCACUCCCGGUUCACCAGGAACUCCUGGCACACCUGGUGGUCCUGGCGGCCCAGGUGGUCCUGGAGGCCCUGGUGGUCCUAGUGGUCCAGGCGGCCCAGGAAGUCAAGGUGGAUACUACCCCGGGCAAACAGGCGGCCAAGGACCGAGUGGACCAGGCCAGCCAGGACAACCCAGCUACCCAGGAGGACAAGGCCAACCUGGACAACCUGGCUACCCAGGUGGACAAGGACUACCAGGCCAGCCGGGUGGACCAGGACAGCAAGGACAGCCUGGUUACCCAGGUGGACAAGGGCAACCUGGACAGCCAGGGCAAACCACUUACCCAGGUGGACAAGGACAACUUGGACUACCAGGACAACCAGGUGGACCAGGACAGCCAGGACAAUCAGGCGGACCACAACAGCCAGGGAAACCCGGUAUACCAGAACAGCCAGGACAACCCGGCUACCCAGGACAAACUGGUUACCCAGGUGGACAAGGGCAACCUGGCCAGCCAGGAGAGCCAGGAAAACCUAGUGGACCAGCACAGCCAGUACAACCCGGCUACCCAGGACAAACUGGUUACCCAGGCGGUUCAGGACAACCUGGUGGACCAGGACAGCCAGGCCAACCGGGUGGACCAGGACAGCCAGGACAACCAGGUGGACCAGGACAGCCCGGCUACCCAGGACAAACUGGUUACCCAGGUGGACCAGGACAACCUGGACAAACAGGUGGACUAGGACAGCCAGGACAACCAGGUGGACCAGGACAGCCUGGACAACCAGGGAAACCUGGUGGACCAGGACAGCCAGGACAACCCGGCUACCCAGGUGGACCAGCACAGCCAGUACAACCUGGCUACCCAGGACAAACUGGUUACCCAGGUGGUUCAGGACAACCAGGUGGACCAGGACAGCCAGGACAACCAGGUGGACCAGGACAGCCCGGCUACCCAGGACAAACAGGUUACCCAAGUGGACCAGGACAACCUGGACAAACAGGUGGACCAGGACAGUCAGGACAACCAAGUGGACAAGGACAGCCUGGACAACCAGGAAAACCUGGUGGACCAGUACAACCUGGACAACCAGGACAGCCCGGCUACCCAGGACAAACUGGUUACCCAGGUGGACCAGGUCAGCCAGGACAACCAGGUGGACCAGGACAACCAGGACAACCCGGCUACCCAGGACAAACUGGUUACCCAGGUGGACAAGGACAACCUGGACAAACAGGUGGACCAGGACAACCAGGUGGACCAGGACAGCCUGGACAACCAGGAAAACCUGGUGGACCAGGACAGCCUGGACAACCAGGAAAACCUGGUGGACCAGGACAGCCAGGACAACCCGGCUACCCAGGACAAACCGGUUACCCAGGUGGACCAGGACAGCCAGGACAACCAGGUGGACCAGGACAGCCAGGACAACCAGGUGGACCAGGACAGCCCGGCUACCCAGGACAAACUGGUUACCCAGGUGGACCAGGACAACCUGGACAAACCGGUGGACCAGGACAGCCAGGACAACCAGGUGGACCAGGACAGCCUGGACAACCAGGGAAACCUGGUGGACCAGGACAGCCAGGACAACCCGGCUACCCAGGGCAAACUGGUUACCCAGGUGGACAAGGGCAACCUGGCCAGCCUGGACAGCCAGGAAAACCUAGUGGACCAGCACAGCCGGUACAACCCGGCUACCCAGGACAAACUGGUUACCCAGGUGGUUCAGGACAACCAGGUGGACCAGGACAGCCAGGACAACCAGGUGGACCAGGACAACCAGGACAACCCGGCUACCCAGGACAAACUGGUUACCCAGGUGGACAAGGACAACCUGGACAAACAGGUGGACCAGGACAACCAGGUGGACCAGGACAGCCUGGACAACCAGGAAAACCUGGUGGACCAGGACAGCCUGGACAACCAGGAAAACCUGGUGGACCAGGACAGCCAGGACAACCCGGCUACCCAGGACAAACCGGUUACCCAGGUGGACCAGGACAGCCAGGACAACCAGGUGGACCAGGACAGCCAGGACAACCAGGUGGACCAGGACAGCCCGGCUACCCAGGACAAACUGGUUACCCAGGUGGACCAGGACAACCUGGACAAACAGGUGGACCAGGACAGCCAGGAAAACCAGGUGGACCAGGACAGCCUGGACAACCAGGGAAACCUGGUGGACCAGGACAGCCAGGACAACCCGGCUACCCAGGGCAAACUGGUUACCCAGGUGGACAAGGGCAACCUGGCCAGCCUGGACAGCCAGGAAAACCUAGUGGACCAGCACAGCCGGUACAACCCGGCUACCCAGGACAAACUGGUUACCCAGGUGGUUCAGGACAACCAGGUGGACCAGGACAGCCAGGACAACCAGGUGGACCAGGACAGCCCGGCUACCCAGGACAAACAGGUUACCCAAGUGGACCAGGACAACCUGGACAAACAGGUGGACCAGGACUGCCUGGACAACCAGGUGGACCAGCACAGCCUGGACAACCAGGAAAACCUGGUGGACCAGUACAACCUGGACAACCAGGACAGCCCGGCUACCCAGGACAAACUGGUUACCCAGGUGGACCAGGUCAGCCAGGACAACCAGGUGGACCAGGACAACCAGGACAACCCGGCUACCCAGGACAAACUGGUUACCCAGGUGGACAAGGACAAUAUGGACAAACAGGUGGACCGGGACAACCAGGUGGACCAGGACAGCCUGGACAACCAGGAAAACCUGGUGAACCAGGACAGCCAGGACAACCCGGCUACCCAGGACAAACUGGUUACCCAGGUGGGCAAGGACUACCUGGACAAACAGGUGGACCAGGACAGCCAGGACAACCUGGCUACCCAGGACAGACUGGACAACCAGGGAAACCUGGUGUACCAGGACAGCCAGGACAACCAGGUGGACCAGGACAGCCCGGCUACCCAGGGCAAACAGGUUACCCAAGUGGACCAGGACAACCUGGACAAACAGGUGGACCAGGACAGCCAGGACAACCAGGGGGACCAGGACAGCCAGGACAACCCGGCUACCCAGGACAAACUGGCUACCCAGGUGGACCAGGAAAACCGAGCGGACCAGGACAGCCAGGACAAACUGGUUACCCAGGUGGUUCAGGACAACCAGGUGGACCAGGACAGCCUGGCUACCCAGGACAAACUGGUUACCCAGGUGGACCAGGACAGCCAGGACAACCAGGUGGACCAGGACAGCCUGGACAACCAGGAAAACCUGGUGGACCAGGACAGCCAGGACAACCAGGUGGACCAGGACAGCCUGGACAACCAGGUGGACCAGGACAGCCUGGACAACCAGGAAAACCUGGUGGACCAGGACAGCCUGGACAACCAGGACAGCCUGGCUACCCAGGACAAACCGGUUACCCAGGUGGACCAGGACAACCUGGACAAACAGGUGGACCAGGACAGCCAGGACAACCAGGUGGACCAGGACAGCCUGGACAACCAGGUGGACCAGGACAGCCUGGACAAACAGGAAAACCUGGUGGACCAGGACAGCCAGGACAACCCGGCUACCCAGGACAAACCGGUUACCCAGGUGGACCAGGACAGCCAGGACAACCAGGUGGACCAGGACAGCCUGGACAACCAGGAAAACCUGGUGGACCAGGACAGCCUGGACAACCAGGACAGCCCGGCUACCCAGGACAAACCGGUUACCCAGGUGGACCAGGACAACCUGGACAAACAGGUGGACCAGGACAGACAGGACAACCAGGUGGACCAGGACAGCCAGGACAACCAGGUGGACCAGGACAGCCUGGACAACCAGGGAAACCUGGUGGACCAGGACAGCCAGGACAACCCGGCUACCCAGGACAAACUGGUUACCCAGGCGGGCAAGGACAACCUGGACAAACAGGUGGCCCAGGACAACCAGGUGGACCAGGUGUGCCUGGACAACCAGGACAGCCUGGCUACCCAGGACAAACCGGUUACCCAGGUGGACCAGGACAACCUGGACAAACAGGUGGACCAGGACAGCCAGGACAACCAGGUGGACCAGGACAGCCUGGACAACCAGGUGGAGCAGGACAGCCUGGACAACCAGGAAAACCUGGUGGACCAGGACAGCCAGGACAACCCGGCUACCCAGGACAAACCGGUUACCCAGGUGGACCAGGACAGCCAGGACAACCAGGUGGACCAGGACAGCCUGGACAACCAGGAAAACCUGGUGGACCAGGACAGCCUGGACAACCAGGACAGCCCGGCUACCCAGGACAAACCGGUUACCCAGGUGGACCAGGACAACCUGGACAAACAGGUGGACCAGGACAGCCAGGACAACCAGGUGGACCAGGACAGCCAGGACAACCAGGUGGACCAGGACAGCCUGGACAACCAGGGAAACCUGGUGGACCAGGACAGCCAGGACAACCUGGCUACCCAGGACAAACUGGUUACCCAGGUGGGCAAGGACAACCUGGACAAACAGAUGGACCAGGACAACCAGGUGGACCAGGACAACCAGGUGGACCAGGACAACCAGGUGGACCAGGUCAGCCUGGACAACCAGGUGGACCAGGACAACCUGGCUACCCAGGACAAACUGGUUACCCAGGUGGGCAAGGACAACCUGAACAAACAGGUGGACCAGGACAGCCAGGACAACCAGGUGGACCAGGACAGCCUGGACAACCAGGAAAACCUGGUGGACCAGGACAGCCAGGACAACCCGGCUACCCAGGACAAACUGGUUACCCAGGUGGACAAGGGCAACCAGGACAGCCAGGACAACCAGGUGGACCAGGACAGCCUGGACAACCAGGAAAACCUGGUGGAACAGGACAGCCAGGACAACCCGGCUACCCAGGACAAACUGGUUACCCAGGUGGACAAGGGCAACCUGGACAACCAGGUAGACCAGGACAGCCAGGACAACCUGGCUACCCAGAACAGACAGGACAACCUGGACAGCCAGGAGUGCCAACUCAGCCAGGACAGCCAACACAACCCGGCUACCCAGGACAAACUGGUUACCCAGGUGGACAAGGACAACCUGGACAGCCAGGACAACCAGGUGGACCAGGACAACCUGGCUACCCAGGACAAACUGGUUACCCAGGUGGACAAGGACAACCUGGAGGGCCUGGACAACCUGGACAACCAGGUAGACCAGAACAGCCAGGACAACCUGGCUACCCAGGACAGCCUGGACAACCUGGCUAUCCUGGACAGCCAGGACAACCUGGCUAUCCAGGACAGCCAGGACAACCCGGACAGCCUGGACAAACUGGUUACCCAGGUGGACAAGGGCAACCUGGACAGCCAGGACAAUCGGGAACGUCAGGGCAGCCAGGCCAACCAGGAUAUCCAGGACCUGAUAGUCAACCUGCUGGCACUGGAGUGCAACCGCCCGUUUAUCCUCCAGCAGGCCAAAUGCCACCAUUCCCGAUUUAUGUCAUACCAUACCCGCUGCCAAUCGUACCAAGCCCCGGGUCAUGUCCGUGCUACCUGCUAAACCCAGGCAGUAAUGGUACCGCUGUGUCGCAACCACCAAUGAACCAAAAUGUUUACAACCCAGGCUACGCGCCUUAUGGCAUACUUGGAUUCCUUCCGGUUGUGUUUGUACCCUAUUGCCCAGGGAAGAGCACCGAUAUGCAGACAGCUCAACAAAACUUCCCUAACGCUGUACCAGUGCCAUACAACUGCGCUCAAUGCCAGGCUAACCAAAAUGCAUUCCGAUUUUUCGGAAGACUCAAUGGUGCACGUAGUGUGAAUCUGGAUGAUUUGAAGGAAAUCAAAUCAUUGCCAGAACUCGAAAAUCUCCUGAAAAAUGAAAUUAAAGCUCCAAGAAGAAGCUUGAAAAGGAUCGCGGUUCAUGCCAGAGUCCUUGACCACGUAACUGACGAAAAGAAGGUAAAGGACGUAACUGUCGAAAAGAAUGUAAAGAACGUAACUAACGAGAAGAAUGUAAAGAAUGUGACUGAAGAAAAGAAUGCCCAGAACGUAAAUAACAAAAAUAACGUAAAGGACGUAACUAACGAAAAGAAUGUAAAGAAAUCCGGUUAAAAUUUGAGUUACGAAUAGUGUUUACGUAGGUACCCAUUGUGAUGAAUAGUGAAAUUUAUUUUGUAGUUUUGAGACCGUCCGACAGAAUCUUGGACGAUUUCAAAAGGUACACGUAGUUGAGGUCCCUUAAGGUCCAAUUUCACCAACGCCAACGGCGGCGUUAUCCGCUAAACUAUGCCAAGAAAAAAUUAAUUGCUACAUUUACUCUUGGGUAAAUUUUUUAUAAUACGUUUCACUGUUGUAUUCAGACAAAAAUUGUUAGAUUAGCUAUUCUUCUAGAAAUAGUUAGUUAUCUAUGGCAGCUUUGAAUGAGUCAAAAGAAUGAAAAAAUGUCUUCUUCUUCUUCUUUUCUUAUUUGGUGGCUUUUUGUAGUGCCAAACCAGCACAAUGCAUUUUGCCAGUGUCAAGUAGCUUGAAGGAGGCACAUUCAUCACAGGCAUCAGGAAGGAGGAGGAAGGAGGCAAAAAAAACUGAGAUUAUACGUCAGUUUGUAGUUUGAGUGGGUGUCUGUAAAUGUCAAAUUUCACUGUCAUGUUGUUUCAUUUUGACUGUUAUUGUCUCUAGCGUUACCAUCACGUCAUAUUGAUUUUAUCCAAAGAAUAAGGCCAUUUUCUUUUCACAAUCGGCGGAAUAGGACUACUCUCGUAUAACUUUUUUACUCUUAGGUUAAGUAUUUGGCGAAAUAAAAAUUUGGUUAUCUGAGAGUAACUAACGCUUUAUCCUGGUUAUAAAAUUUAUUCCAUGUUGGUGAAAUCAGCCUUAAGUGAUACUAAUUCAUAUUUAUAUUUAACAAAAUAAAAACUAUCAGUAUACAUAGGUACUAGAUAGCUAUAAUAUAAUAUUUCGAAUUAUUUGUUAAUAUGACCCAGUAUGUAAUAUACCUUCUUUGUAGUAUUUAUUAUAUGUAUUAUUU